UUGUGAAACGCUGGCAUUCAUUUAUAAGUGACAGCUAAAUGGCUGAGUUGUGUUUGGUUGACGUUUUCUAUAAAAAGGCCGAAAUUUAAACAAUAUUUUCAGUUUGCAUUUAACUGUUUAGUGUUUUGUUGUGAUUUAGUGUGGCACUCCGGUUUGUAAACAAUGUGUGGAAUAUUUGCAUACCUUAACUACCUCACCCCAAAGAAAAGGUCAGAGAUCUUGGACCUCUUGGUCAAUGGACUCAAACGGUUAGAAUACCGUGGCUAUGACUCUGCAGGCGUAGCUGUUGACUCCGUAAACGAGCAGGACAUCACGCUCAUUAAAAGAACUGGAAAGGUCGCUCUUUUAGAGGAGGCAAUCAAGGAAGUAAGUGGGCAACUUUUCACAAGUGGAUGUAUCGAAACUCAUUGCGGCAUUGCCCAUACUCGUUGGGCUACCCAUGGAGUUCCUAGUGAAGUGAACUCUCACCCGCACAGGUCAGACGCGGCAAAUACUUUCGUAGUGGUUCACAAUGGCAUCAUCACCAACUACAAGGAAGUGAAAUACUUCUUGGAACAGAAAGGUUACCGAUUCGAGAGCGAAACUGAUACUGAAAUUAUUGCAAAGCUGGUAUUCCAUUUCUUCCAACAACAUCCGAAUUUCUCAUUUAGGGAAUUGGUUGAAAAUGUUGUUCGUCAGCUGGAAGGAGCGUUUGCUCUUUGCUUCAAAUCCAAACAUUUCCCUGGUGAGUGUGUGGCUACCAGGCGUGGUUCUCCUUUGUUGGUGGGAAUCAAGACAAAAACUCGCUUGGCUACUGACCACAUUCCAAUUUUAUACGGAAAAGACGAACCUCAACCUUCACCUAAAGCAGACGCAGAAACUGAUCCAGAUCAUCGCCCACAUGGACGCGUCGAAUUUCCCACUUUGCCCAGAACAGGUUCAACCGAAUUCGAACCUCUGGAGGACAAGCAAGUGGAGUAUUUCUUCGCCUCGGACGCUUCGGCUAUCAUCGAGCAUACCAACCGUGUAAUUUACUUUGAGGACGAUGAUAUUGCCGCCGUCCGAAAUGGAAUUCUAAGCAUCCACAGAGUGAGGAAAGAAGGAGCUGAUGACCCAAACCAUCGAGAAAUCACCACUCUGAAAAUGGAACUACAGCAAAUCAUGAAAGGAAACUACGAGUAUUUUAUGCAAAAAGAAAUUUUUGAGCAACCCGAAUCUGUGGUCAACACAAUGCGAGGGCGUGUCAAUUUCGAAACCAAGACAGUAACUCUGGGAGGCAUUAAAGAACAUAUUCCCGAAAUAAAACGCUGUAGAAGAUUGAUGUUGAUUGGAUGUGGUACAUCUUACCAUAGUGCGAUUGCAACUCGCCAACUUUUAGAAGAGUUGACCGAACUGCCAGUUAUGGUAGAGUUGGCGAGUGAUUUCUUGGACCGCACUACCCCUGUGUUCAGAGAUGAUGUCUGUUUUUUCAUCUCACAGUCUGGUGAAACCGCGGAUUCUUUGAUGGCUCUCCGUUACUGCAAGCAGCGAGGGGCACUUAUUGUUGGAAUAACCAACACCGUCGGGAGUUCCAUCUGUCGCGAAUCCCACUGUGGAGUACACAUCAAUGCCGGCCCGGAAAUUGGAGUUGCCUCAACCAAAGCAUACACAAGUCAAUUCAUUUCUUUAGUGAUGUUCGCACUCGUCAUGAGCGAAGACAGGUUGAGCUUGAAAAAGAGGAGAGAAGAGAUUAUUCAUGGUUUGAUGAAUCUACAAGAGCAAAUUCGCAUCGUGUUGCAAUUGGACAAGAGAGUUAAGGCUUUAGCCGAGGAUUUAUAUCAAAAGAAAUCUUUGUUGAUUAUGGGCAGAGGGUUCAACUUUGCCACUUGCCUUGAAGGUGCCUUAAAAGUGAAAGAAUUAACUUACAUGCACAGUGAAGGAAUCAUGGCUGGAGAAUUAAAGCACGGACCACUUGCGCUUAUCGACAACAACAUGCCUGUAAUGAUGAUCGUCAUGAGGGAUCAUGUAUAUAAUAAAUGCAUGAACGCCUUACAACAGGUUAAAUCCCGCGACGGAAAGCCAAUUUUGGUCUGCGAAGAAGGUGAUAUGGAGACAAUGUCUUUCGCUAGUCAAUAUCUAGAGGUCCCUAAAACUGUGGACUGUCUACAAGGCAUUUUGACUGUAAUUCCAAUGCAACUAUUAUCAUUCCAUAUCGCUGUCAGGAGAGGGUGUAAUGUGGAUUGUCCACGUAACUUGGCCAAAAGCGUCACGGUUGAAUAAUAGAUCGCAAAGUUUUUCCUUUUUUUUGAAUCUUUUGUCAUAUUUUAUUGCGAGUUUUUAAAUUUUUAUGAGGUGUUGAUGCCACAUCAACAUAUUUUUAUAAAUAUUUAUUGCUCUAAUCUAUUAUAAUCUAGAUCUCUUCAGUAAGAUAUUUUAGGAGAUUAGACCUUCUAAAGGUUGCUUACUCUAUAAGUAUUAAACUAAAUUUUGGGAAAGCUGAUGCUUGUAAUACUUUUUUCCGAGCAUCAUUCACUGUCUUUCUUCAUGUAUUCCAUAUUGAUUGAGUUUUUCAGGCUCAAUACUUUGUGUACACAUCACAUUGACACAUUUGAUUAC